AUGUCCCUUUCGAGAAGCGUGGCUCCUCGAGCAUUGCGAGGUGCGCAGCAGACAAUUUUCAGAGCUUCCGACGGCCAACCACGGUCCACUGACAAACUUCCAUUUGUAGCUACGAGCACCGUUCCUUUCUCCGUCGUCCGCGCGGCGAGCAUUUCAUCGUCGUCCAAGAAAUCCGCCACGUCGCUCGCUCCCACCACGCCCGGCACAAAUGAUCCCUCGCGGCUCCCGGUGACCGGUGGCGUGCGUCGCGAAGUCCCUCUUCCGUCUCAGGAAAAGAAAGAAGGCGCGAUGCAGUAUGCCUUGACGACGCUGGACCAGAUUGCAAAUUGGGCCCGACAAGGCUCGCUGUGGCCGAUGACCUUCGGCUUGGCCUGCUGCGCCGUCGAAAUGAUGCAUCUUUCAACACCGAGAUACGACCAGGACAGACUGGGCAUCAUCUUCCGUGCCUCGCCUCGACAGAGCGAUGUCAUGAUCGUCGCCGGUACGCUGACAAACAAGAUGGCCCCCGCCCUGCGACAAGUCUACGAUCAGAUGCCCGAUCCGAGAUGGGUGGUCAGUAUGGGCAGCUGUGCAAACGGUGGUGGAUAUUAUCAUUACAGUUACUCCGUCGUCAGAGGGUGCGACAGGAUUGUUCCCGUGGAUAUCUAUGUUCCUGGAUGCCCGCCCACCAGUGAGGCGUUGAUGUAUGGCAUUUUCCAGUUGCAAAAGAAGAGUAAGUUUGGAGUUUUUCCUCUACAACCAGAACCAAAGACAAAGAGUAUGGUCAACUAA